UGAGUCUGCUUUUUUAUUCCAUCUGUUACUCCUGGUCAGAGGCUUCUGUAAAUAUUUAGUCAUAGGGUUACAUCCUACCUAAGUUUCUAUGGAGCAACGCUCAAAUAUUUAUUAGUGCGUAAAUUGUGACUUAGUGUCUAUUUACGCCACAACUAAUCUAAGUUGUAACUUACGUAUAGCUGAUGCAACCGGCCCCUGCACCUUAAUUUACAUCUGAAUAAUGGAAUUCAAAACCUUAAAUAGCCAGUGAAAAUGAAAUAAAUGGAAAUAUAGAUUACUCAAACAAUCGUUUUCGACCAAUUAGAGACUAUUUCCUGGCUUCUAAGCACCGCCCAUUUAAGAUUCCUGUUCAAUGUAUUUGCCGCACUACCUACUUGUACUAUUUCAGUGGUAGAAAUGGAUCAACGAAAUGGACAUAUUGAGGUGUAUUCAGGCGUGAGAGCAUCGCCAGGGGCCACUUCACGGGGGCGAAAGCACAGUAGUCAUUUAACAGAGGAAAAACUGCACAAACUGCGCGAGCAUUAUACCGAACACCAUGAGCAAGGGGUAUGAUUUCGGAAGCAUCCUUAUGCUGUUGGCACUGUUUACUUUCAGUGAUGCAACAAGUCAAACUGUCAACCAGGAGCUUUCCAAUAUUUUCAGUGAGCUCUGGAAGUUAGAUGUGAAUCGCCUGAAGGCUGGAACAGACUACAAAAUCACACUACAGGGCAAGGCUAAGUAUAUACCCCAUGGAAGCACAAGUGUGGUAGAUCGUGCCUCAUCCCCAUUGUUCUCUCGUGUUGAUGAAACUAAACUGAACUCUAUCACCACUUAUGCACGCUUCAUGAAGCUUUUGGAUAACUAUGAGAGGUCCACUGGUGUGGCAGAGAGUGUAACCACUGAGGAGGUGACAGAAAAUAACUCCUUUUUGGAUGCUAUCUUAGAGACAGCAGUCAUGAAGCGUGCGCACCGGUACUUGGUUGAAAAGGGGAAAUCACACUCGGAUCUGAAACUAUUUAAGAGUCAGUUGUACUACAUGUGGUUCCGCCUCUACCAUAGAGACAGGAGCGGAGGGGAGGACACCAGUGGAUUUGAGCAUGUGUUUGUUGGGGAAACCAAGUUUGGCAGAGAAAUCAUGGGUCUCCACAACUGGGUUCAGUUUUACCUGCAGGAAAAGGAGGAUCUUCUAGAUUACAAGGGCUACAAAGCCAGAGACAAUAAACUGCCCAAUGAGGAUGAUCAUGUCUUGAACGUGCAGUUUAGUUGGCAUGGUUUGGUCAAGCCAGUGGCGAGUGCCUUUAUUGGUGUGAGCCCUGAGUUUGAGAUGGCCAUCUUUACCAUCCUGUUCCUAACAUCAACUGAGAAGAGCACCGCAGCCGUGGUCAAUCUGGAUGAGUACCAGCUGGAGAUGGUAGUCCAUAGACAUGGCCGUUCUAUUGGGACUGCAUAUCCCAAACUGCUGAGCACCAACAACAGGCGAAAAAUCAUACAUUGUGGUGAACAAUCGGACAAAAUGACAUUCCAUAGUCAGUUUACGGCAGAGCCCCUCCGUAACUGUCAAAGCAUGAAAAAAGUGGCUCCAUUCUGAUUGGAUCCUGGUGGACCAACACAAACGUGCUGAGCCACCAUCAUAUAAGCUGCUUGAACAACUGCCAGACACCUGUUACAGGACAGGAGGUAAGGACCUACACAAUGGAGAGGACUUCUCAUUGGUCACUCUAAUACCAGAGGUGAAGAAGGAUCGUAAAUUUCCUAGGACUUCAGAUGAACUAAGUGAACCAAACAUUAACUUACCAUGUGGCAAAAGCUGAAACAAAGAAGCCACAAAGAAGACAAGUUCAUCCAUAUAUAUAUAUAAAUACCCCUAAAGUGGACAUCAACUGCAACUCAUCCACUCCAUGUUCUCUCACAGAACUGUUUGUUAAUUGCAGUUGUUUAAUUAGCUCAAUAGUUCACACAAAUUGAACUAUUACAUUAUAAAUAAAUGCAUGGGUAAUAUUU